CCCCACCCAACGUCCAUCGUCUUCUAUAUAAACAGCCCUUUCCCAACAUUGUUUGUUUCACCCAAGGAUUCUUUCAUACAAAUAUCGAACAGAAGACCUGAUCAGGCAGCCAUGGCGACCAAACUGAUAAGCUCUGCCCAAUUCACGACCCUUCCGAAGAACUACAUCCGCCCGGAAUCCGACCGGCCGCGCCUGUCCGAGGUUGUCCAGUGCGACGACAUUCCCAUCAUCGACUUGGGCGCCGCCGACAGGGCCGCCGUCGUCAACCAGAUCGCCGACGCCUGCCGCCACUACGGCUUCUUCAAGGUGAUCAAUCACGGAGUCCCCAAGGAGACGACCGAGAAGAUGUUAAGCACAGUUCGGGAAUUCUACGCUUUACCAGUGGAGGAAAAGAUGAAGCUCUACUCGGAGGACAUGUCCAAAACUUGCAGGCUAUCCACCAGCUACAUCGUCAAUACUGAAUCUGUCAAUAUCUGGCGGGACUAUUUGAGGAUCCAUUGCUAUCCUCUCCACAAGUACAUGCCCGACUGGCCUUCCAUGCCUCCCACCUUCAGGGAUGUCGCCAGCAAUUACUGCACCGAGGUCCGGAAGCUCGGCUUCCGGCUGCAGGAAUUCAUCGCCGAGAGCUUGGGCCUGCCCAAGGAUGCUUUGUGGAAAAUCUUCGGUACCGAGCAGGCGCAGCACAUGUCCAUGAAUUACUACCCACCCUGCCCCCAACCCGACCUCACUUACGGGCUCGCCGCGCAUACUGAUUCCGACAUCCUCACAAUCCUCCUCCCGGAUGCGGAGGUCCCCGGACUGCAGGUCCUCAAGGACGGGAAAUGGCUCGCCGUCAAGCCGCACCCCGAUGCCUUUGUCAUCAACAUCGCCGACCAGCUUGAGGCUGUUAGCAACGGGUUGUACAAGAGCAUCUGGCACCGAGUUAUAGCGAAUUCUGACAAGGAGAGGAUCUCGAUUGCGUCCUUCAUCUGCCCGGCUGAUGGUGCCAAAAUAAGCGCUCCCGAGUCGCUGACGACGGACGGGAAGCGGUACAAGGACUUCACUUACGACGAGUAUUACAACGUCGUGUGGACCCAUAACCUUGAUGAGAAACAUCCCCUGGAGUUCUUCAAGAAUUAGAGGCCUUCUUGGGUUCAAACCAUCCUUUGAAUCCAUGAAAAAAAAAACCACAUUUGAGUCCCCUUAAUAAUGAAAGCUGUCCCUGUUUGGAUUAUAUGUAGCUUAAGUAUCCCGACCUGUGGCGGCGGCAUCGUCGACUUGUUUAUAUGUAGAAUGAUCGAUCGAUCGAUGUUAUCAAAUAGUUCCUUCUUGGAAA